ACGGAAGGGGGAAAAGAGUGCAAGAACUGGAAGAGAAGAGAAAAUUGCUCGCUAGUCCGCUACAUUCCUCUAGCCUCUUUUUUUAAAUUAAAAAAAAAAACCAGAACUGAAGGAAGUUUAAUUUUUGUUUUGCUCCCCCCUCCCCCGUCUGAGCCUGUUUCCUCCUCUCUCUUCACCAUUGUUAUUCGCGAGCGGAGCCUUCUGAAUCCUUUCCCUCUUUCCCAUUGAACCCCCCCUGAAAAAGUGCAGUCCGAGAGGCAAGAGAGGGGGCGAUCGGUUUUUCUGCGCGCGCGCCGAUGUCUUUUUUAUUCUUAUUCUCCAAUUUUUGCAGCUUCUAGAUUUCUUCCGCGGGCUCUGCCCACCCCUAAGCCCUCACCCACCCUCUCGUUUUGUGUGCGUGCGUGUGUGUGUUUUGGGUGCGCGGAUGCCGAAGGGGGAGUUCCUGAUGUGGUCGCUUUAGUGGUGAACGUCGCGCGGACUUUUGCAAGAGAAAGAGAGAGAGAGGCUGCUUGGAUUGGCGGCGGCGGCGACGGCGGCUCUCUUCCUCGUCGGCUGAUCCGGCAGUUUGUUGGCUGCUGCUGCUGUUGUUGCUGCUGCUGCUUACCCCCACUUCUUCCACGUCCUUUCCCCCCCUUUCCUCCUUAAUUUAUAUUUUCUUAAAUCUUAUCUCAUUUUUGCAUCACUUUUCCUCGGCGGUUGCUGGCGCAGCUGCCUGAGAGCCGGGAGAAGAUGUUGCUGGAUGCCGGACCGCAGUACCCCGCCAUCGGAGUGACGACCUUCGGCUCCUCUCGCCACCACGCCACGGGCGACGUGACGGAGCGCGAGGUGGGACUGGGCAUCAACCCUUUCGCCGACGCCGGGAUGGGCGCCUUCAAGCUCAACCCCAGCAGCCACGAGCUGGCCUCGGCCGGCCAGACCGCCUUCACUUCGCAGGCCCCUGGCUACGCGGCCGCAGCGGCGCUGGGGCAUCACCACCACCACCCGGGCCACGUCGGCUCCUACUCCAGCGCGGCCGCCUUCAACUCCACGCGGGACUUUCUCUUCCGCAACCGGGGCUUCGGCGAGGCGGCGGCGGCGGCCAGCGCCCAGCACAGCCUCUUCGCCUCGGCGGCCGGCAGCUUCGGCGGACCGCACGGGCACGGCGAGGCGGCGGGCCACCUCCUCUUCCCGGGCCUCCACGAGCAAGCCACCGGCCACGCGUCGCCCAACGUGGUCAACGGGCAGAUGCGCCUGGGCUUCUCCGGAGACAUGUACGGCCGGCCGGAGCAGUACGGCCAGGUGACGAGCCCGCGCUCCGAACAUUACGCUUCGCCGCAGCUGCACGGCUACGGCCACAUGAAUAUGAACAUGGCAGCCCACCACGGGCCGGGGGCCUUCUUCCGCUACAUGCGCCAGCCCAUCAAGCAAGAGCUCAUCUGCAAGUGGAUCGAGCCCGAGCAGUUGGCCAACCCCAAAAAGUCCUGCAACAAAACUUUCAGCACCAUGCACGAGCUGGUGACUCACGUCACCGUGGAGCACGUCGGCGGGCCCGAGCAGUCCAACCACAUUUGCUUCUGGGAAGAGUGUCCCAGGGAAGGGAAGCCUUUCAAGGCCAAAUACAAACUGGUCAACCACAUCCGAGUCCACACGGGGGAGAAACCUUUCCCGUGCCCUUUCCCGGGAUGCGGGAAAGUCUUCGCUCGCUCGGAAAAUCUCAAGAUCCACAAAAGGACGCACACAGGUGAAAAACCCUUUAAGUGUGAAUUCGAGGGCUGUGACAGGCGCUUCGCCAACAGCAGCGAUCGCAAAAAGCAUAUGCACGUCCACACUUCAGACAAACCUUAUCUCUGCAAAAUGUGCGAUAAGUCCUACACGCACCCGAGCUCCCUCCGAAAACACAUGAAGGUCCACGAAUCGUCCUCCCAGGGGUCCCAGCCUUCUCCCGCUGCCAGUUCAGGCUAUGAAUCUUCAACCCCCCCAACAAUCGUUUCUCCAUCCACAGAAAACCAGACCACAAGCUCCUUAUCCCCUUCAUCUUCAGCAGUCCACCACACGUCCAGCCACAGCACGCUCACGUCAAAUUUUAACGAAUGGUACGUUUAAACAAACGAACAAACAAAUGCAAAUCCAACCUAUUUAAAAGACUCCAAAAAUUAAUGAACACUUUGAAAAUCGAUCUUUUUGUGUGUUUUGAUUUUUUUUUAAUGCUGCCCAUAGACCCAGGACCGAAUCAAAUCAAGAAUUCUCUCUCUCUCUUUCUCUCUCUCUCUCUUUCUAUCUAUCUCCCUCUCUUCUUCAAUUUCUGUUGUUUUGUUUUGGUUUUGUCGUGUUUGGGGCAAAGGCUUGGAAAGCAAAUGGUUUUUUUCUAGAGUGCGUGAGAAGAGCAGGGUUAUUGGGCCAUCUUGCCGAUGUGCAGGGCUUUUUAAUGGAACCACUGACUGGAGUUCUUCAACUGCAUGUCUCUUUGGGCAGCGCCUUGUUUUCUGUAAAUACAGAAAUACUAGCUUACAAUGUACUGUUUGAUUUUGUAAAUAGUUAUACCACAAGUUGAAUAAGGGGAUACGUGGAAUUGUGGUCUUUGCAUAUAUAUGUGGGGGGAGGGGAAUAGGGGAGGGGGAUAGGGGAGGAGGUUGAAAAGUGGGGGGGAAGGAGGGAGGAGGUAGCAAAUCAUCUAUUUGUACUGAAUGGCAAGGAUGUUCUAGUAAAUGUGUACCAAAAUGUGAAUUACUUUGUAUUAUUACAGUCUAAACGUCGACCUAACAGAAUAUUAUUGGUAUUAAUGUGCUUUUUCUUUUGUAUAAAGUGCAAACAUUUCGUCCCAAAGUCCAGUCUAAGUAGUGCAGUAAAAUGUUGUUACACGUCCUGUCAAGAAAUUCGUAUAGUGCAAGCCUGGAUCUGCGUGUCAAACUGUUACAUUUGUUUAUGUAAAGUGGUAUUAAAAAAAAAAGCUAUAAACUAUAACCUGUCCAUUGCUUUUGGCAAAUACAACCACAUACUGUAUAUACUUCCUAAUUUCCAUAUUUAUCCGCAUGUAAAGGUCCGGUUAUACAUGUUACAGAUAUUCAAUAUUUAUGGCUAGAAGAAUUGGUAUGUACAAUUUAGUUUACAGAACUGUUUGGUAACAUUUCGUACCUUAUUAAAGAUUCUGAAAUCCCAUAA